AUGGCACUGCGCGGCAAGCUCCGGCAGCUCCUCCUCCAACGACGCCGUUUCUUCUCCACCUCCCCGCACCCCGCCCCAGUCUCCCGAACCCUACCCGCCAACGAGGAACAAACCCGCACCACCCUCGCCCUCGUCCUGUCCGAGCCCGACCCGGCCCGCAUCCCCCACAUCUUCCGCUCCACUUCCCUGACCCCCGAGUCGCAUUUCCACCGCCACGUCUACACCAAAGCCAUCUCCAAACUCAUGGAUUCCAACGACCACGACUCUAUACGAACCCUGAUCCGGGACUCCAUUGAGCGGCUCAGCACCCGCAAAUCCGAGCAUCUGUUCUCGCAGUUCAUCGUCCUCUACGGCCGGGGCGGUCUGGUCGGAGACGCCGUCGAUCUGUUUGACCGGAUGCCGGCCAUGGGCGUGAAUCGCAACGUGAAGACUCUCAACUCUUUGCUCUAUUCUUGCCUCCUGGCCGGCGAUUACUCCGAGAUGGCAAGGAUUUUCCGAGAUUUUCCCCAAAAAUACGGGCUCAAGCCGGAGCUGGACACAUAUAACACCGUCCUCAAGGGUUUUUGUGACGGGGGCUGUUCGAGUGAGGCCCACGCCAUACUGGCCGAGAUGGAGGGUAAAAACGUAAAACCGAAUUUGACCACGUUCGCCACUAUAAUCGCCGGUUUUUACAUGGAGGAGAAGAAUGACGAAGUGGGGAAGAUUUUGAACCUGAUGAAGAAACACGGGGUGAAGCCUGGGAUCAGUAUCUACAACGUGAGGAUAAAGAGUCUUUGCAAGCUCGGGAGAUCGGAGGAGGCCAGGGCACUGCUGGGUGGGAUCGUGUCCAAGGGAAUAAAGCCCACUCGCGCGACCUACGGGAGCUUGAUUUACGGGUUCUGCCGGGAAGGUAAAUUGGAAGUGGCCAAGGGCUUGUUUGGGGAGAUGGUCGGGAAAGGUUUGGAGCCGGAGCCUGUUUGCUAUUUCACGCUCGUGUUUUUCAUGUGCAAAGGGGGUGAUUUUGAGGCGGCUUUGGAUGUGUGCAGGGAGGUUAUGGGGAAGGGUUGGGUGCCGAACAUGACGACUAUGAAGCUGCUUGUCGACGGACUUGUGGGGAUCGGGAAAGUGGACGAGGCUAGGGAGAUUAUUGGGCAUGUGAAAGAGAAGUUCCAGAGGAAUAGUGAUAAGUGGAGUGAGGUUGAGGAUGGCUUGCCUAAGUUAUAG